UCGCCUGUAUCUUUCCAAAGGGCUGGGUUUCAGCCUGACCCAAGCCUGAGGACAGCCGGCUCCGGAGCCCCGCUCUGCUUCAGCCCUGAAGAACCUUCACAGGGUGGAAAUCGGGUCCAAAGGAUUUUGCGCUCAGCAAACCUUCCUCUCUGGAGAAGUGCCGAGCAUCCUCCAGCCAUUUGGCGUGGGAGCUUUUUGUGUGCGUGGAUCACUGGGAGGCUCAGGCAGCUGCCUGUCUGCUGGGAAGCGUUAGGAUGGGGCAUUCGGAAGAGCUCCCAGUUGGAGAAGGAUUGCUGAGCUGUGAACACAAGACAGCAACACAAGAGCUGCCUCCCUUUCUGGCGACUGCUUUGUGGCGAUGCCUCAAAUCCAGUAGCCCUCAGGGCAAGUGACAAGCAGAAAUAAGGGCUGCCGGUGUCUCCCCAUGGCCAUGCAGCGCUGCCUGUCCCCGCCGGCCACCCCAGGACCGGCGUGACCGUGACACCCUGCCUGUCCUUUUCCAGGACACGAAGCUGGGCUUUCUGCAGAUCCCACAUCGAACCAAAUUCUCAGGAGGUGGGGAAACGGGUGCAAGAGGUGUUGGUGAGCCACGGCUAGAGUCGCCCUUCACUUCUUUCAGGUCCAACGCCUCUGUCACUGAACGUAAGUAGCCCCCACGUCCCGUGAAAUGUGGACAGCAAUGAGGCUGCUUGGCUCACGUCAAGCCCUUUUCAGACCCAUCGGUGCCCGGCCGGCAGCUGGAGAGUGUUUCUUCGGCUCAGACUGCCAGGGUUGUGGAGUUCAAAGUCUCCCCUUUGGCUUUUCCUGGUAGAAACACAGGUUUAUGUCUGCCUUUUGAAGCAGAAGCUGUAGUUGGAAGGGUGGAAGUCAGCCCUCUUGGCUCAGCAAGGCAGGAGGCUCUGCAAGUGGACCAUGGGCUGUUUCCCAAAGACCCCAAGCCAGAGACAACGGUGGCAGCGAGGGGACAUGAUGCUGCAUCUCAGGUGUCCCCUCGCUAUAAGAAGGAGAGUGUUAUUAGAUGAUAAUUUUCUGGUUGGGGAGGGAGGAAGAGGGAUGCGGUAUUUUGAGAGGCCUCAUGGGUGUCACGUCUGUGAUGUGACGACGAAUCCAUGGUAGGUAACCUUCAUGUUCUGGGGCGACGCUUGUCCCUGUGGCCCUGCCUUUCAGAGUUUGAUGGAGAAUCGGUCGGAUGACAGCGGGAACUGUUGUUAUCACCGGGGGAAUCCUAGCGACGGUGAUCCUACUGUGCAUCAUCGCCGUGCUCUGCUACUGUAGGCUACAGUACUACUGCUGCAAGAAAGAUGGCUCUGAUGAGGAAGAGGAGGAGGAGGAGGAGGAGGAAGAGCCUGACCUUCCCAUGCACUCACACCUCGGCACAUGUAACGCCUGCAACUCCCGCAUGGUGGACGGCCAGGGCAGCCCCGCGCCCCUGCCCAGCAAACUCAACCAGCACGGGGCUCACAACUACUGCCCGACCUGCUCUCCCUACGGCUCCCCCUUUUAUAUCCGGACUGCCGACAUGGUGCGCAACGGGGGCGAGAGGGUCACCUACACCCCCGCGUGCUACAAGGAGAUGGGGCCGCCCAUCAACAUGACCACCCUGCAAAGCUACCCGGUGAGCCGCCACAGCCUCCUCCGCGAGAGCUUCCCGAACCCACGGGCGAUCAGCACAGAGGUGUAGUCACCAUUGCCACUAGCACACGGUGUCCCCAGCCGGCGCCCGCUCGAGGGAAGGGCCUUUUCACUUGUCUUUUGGGGGGGGUUCACGCAGAGAGGACCCCAUAAGCCCCGUUCAAGACCAGCACAGUCCUCCUGCGGAACCGCCCGGCACGGCUGAGCUUGACGGGCGAGACGAUGGGAGACACCUCGAAGGGCGACGUUACACCGUCCACCUCCGAACCCAUCGUAAGUGUCAUUAUUAUUCUACUUUGUCUCCUAAGGGACUUGUCUAACGAGGGCUAUGUACAGUACAACCUAACUUAAUUACCCCAGGCUCCCCCAACUCCCUGAGCCCAGAGCGAGGUCUCCGGUGUUCCCACACAGCCACCCAAGUCGAUGCCUGCCACCGCCGGCACACAGAGCGAUGCUUGACCACCCGCAACCUGUCACUUCUGGCAAAUCCCGCUGCUGAGCUGGGAAUGGCAGCACUCCUCAGCGAUGGGAAAGCAAAGAAGGGAAGAUCCAGAUCAUUGUGCUCCCCUCCUACUGCGUUGGUUGCUGCUAGCAGUUAGUUUUAUGUUUGAGUGUAAAAUAGGACACCAUCUCCCACCCGCUUCGGCCUUCGCACGUGCUGAAGAAGUUCAGGACAUGAGUUUAGAUCACUGCUGGAGGAGGCAAAGUUGCUCACAAAACCACUCACUCAUGCAAAUGGGCACAGGCUGAUCCUUCUGCGGCCAAAGCCCCCACCUCUUCUAAUCUUCACCGGCUUUCUUAGGAGCGUUUUUAACUUGGACCCAUAAAAAUGGCAAAAUUUUACCUGUGGGAAGAAUUAUAUCCCCAAAUGACUACAGUUUUGGUCACCUUCAGCCUCUGAAGCUCUAUUCAGCCACCCUGACAGCUCCAGACAUCCAGAGGAAGGUUGGCUUUAGAGUGGCUUUUGCUUUUAACAGCAACACCCGGCCAAGACCACUGGGUGAAGUCUUCAUUGCAGGGCCCAGGACCUCCCAUGGGGAAGUGAUAUUCAGGUGGUUGGGGUUUCUGCUCUUUUGCUUUUGGAAUAAGAGGGUGCAAGAUCUGAAUCUGUGUUGACCGGCUCUGCGGCUGGUAAAGACAGCCAGUGACUCUGCCUUUCUGCAGAAAUGAAUGUGGGAAAGUUCCUUCUUCCUCCAUAAAUCAAAUUAGGUGAAAAAUUACCAAAAGGACAUCUCCAUCAUUCACAAGCUCUUGCGUAGCAACCGGUGCAGGAGCGCUCAGCUGAACGCUUCCCAUUCAUGGCAGGGAGGAGGGACCCAGAUGGCAACGAUCCCUGCAGCCAUGUGGAUGCUGUUGGAGGCAAUGGCAGGAGAUGUUUGCUGUGCCAUUCAAUAUGGGGUAGGACUGCUCAGAAAUGUGCGUGCUGGGGUUUUUUUUUUUCACCACUUCCAAUUUGGAAAUCAUUCUGCUGCUCACAGAAGGAUUUGGACUAAACUUCCCCGUUCACACAAAGAAAAAGUAGGUCUCAGCUUAGAGGCACAUGCUACAUAAGCCUCAAAUGUCUACGAUAUCAGACAAAAGACUAAUUUAGAGUUUGGACCCACUCAUGCCUUGGCACCUCUGCUCAAACUACCUGAAGAAAAGGAGCCAGAUGAGUGCUAAAUGUGACGAUGGUCUUUGUAACCAACCACUUUGUCCCAGCUGCAUUUUACACAGCCUCUGGAGCAAACCUCAUGCACCAUCUCCCACACCUUCGGCCCAGAAUGUUGUUGUAGUUCCAUUAUCCCGAGACUGAGUGUCACUGCAUCUCUUUUAGAGAGCCUCCUUCCAUUCUCCAAAUAGCGAUAGCAGGUCUUUAAAUGUCCUCUCACUUUAAGGGCAGGCAGGAGGGAAGAUGAAAGCAGCAGCCAAGCACUCUGGAUCCCACUGGCUGAAAGACUGUAGCUCCUACUGCUUCCCAUCCAGACAGUACUCCUCCGUGAAGAUACAGUCUGUGACUCCUUUUCUUGGCUAACUCAGUAAACCCCGUCUUUUCUCACCAAAGCAUCUGCUCAGCUAGGUCUCCAUUCUGCUGGGAGCCACGAGAAGUUACUACGGUCUGUGGUGACCUGCAGGCUGCUUCCUGCACCGCUCUGCCGGAUGGCCCUGUGAGGCAAAUGCCUUUGGAGGGCGCAGAGCCAGCCCCUGGCAUCCAACUCUACCUCUUGGCGCACAGCGAGGCUUCCCACCGCAAGAGCAGCACGUGCCAGACCAUGACCGCUGGAGGAUGGGAACAACCCACGGGGCUUUUGCUUUUGUGGGUCACCCUUCUGGUCAAAGGAAGGCAACCACAUCGUCAUCUUCAUCACAUGCAAAUUAAGUGUGACCUGUUGCUUGCUAACGAGGUGCCAAGGAUGGUGAGGUAGCUCCAGAGUAGCUGGCUGGCCAAGAGGAGGGUUAGCCUUACGGCCAACCCCACACCCCAGGCCUGGCACGGCUGCAGAGAAACGGGCGAGUUGGAAAGGGCUGGAAACAUGGGAGAUGCGACUGUGAGUUUUAAAGUUUGGGGUAUGGAGGAACAGGAUGGGGUAGGGGCAGGGAUCCCAGAUUUUUUUCACUUCAGAUUCCUCCUGUUGUUAUUCUCUAUCUUUGUUGCUCAGCUAUGGGUCCAAAUUCAA